CAUGGCUGCCUGAAGCAUCACCUGCAUUUCCGCUCCUGGAGAGCCAAGACUCAGUCUUCAUUGCAUUAAUUGCUGUAACUGUUUGAUAUGUGGCACCUUGUUCGGAUACUGGCUGCAUCGCGGCUUUGGUUCAGCGAUGGUGAUGCACUCGAGACCGCUCGAGGUGGCCACGGGAUUUCAUCUCGUCUGAUUGUUGAUCGCCAUGGGUUUCUUGACAUCACCGAGGUGCAUUCAUCAAAGUCAAUGGCUCUUGAUGCAAAUGGGGCAACUCUCUGGCUAAAGAGGCGUGAGGUGGAUGACGGCUUUACAUGUCCAUCAUUGCAGAGUAGCUCAUAUCCACUGAAUCUAUCUCUUCGGGUUGGCGACGAUGGUGCCAGUUUCACGCUCGGACUUGUCAAAGUGCCAGAUAUAAUUACAGCUUGUUAUAAUAUUUCGAGGCAAGUGUCUGGCCUCUUGAAGCCUUUGCCUCACAUCUCCACCGAAGAUGUCACCUUCAUUAGCAAGAUGAUUAGCAAUAAAUUUGUGCCAUAUCAGAACAUUCCGCAUGGAUAUCCGAAGACUUUCGAAGAUAUCAGAGCUUUAGGGAGACAAUAUUUUCCCUUUACGCCUUAUAGCUUUGAGCUUGCCAUGUGUAUUUACGACUGGACGACUGCAUCCUUUGCGCGCAUGACCUUGUUUAAAAUCUUUCAGUACACAGAUAUCGAUUCGGGAAUCCCCUCGCUCCCUCACCCCUUGGAUCGUGAGAGCCUUACUUUGAAGAUUUGGCAGAGCAAUUUCUCUGCAUAUACACCCAAGGACGCCGAUUACAUGCGGACCUUCUUGAUGGAACCAGCACACUCGUUAGACCAUCUCAAAGCUCAAUUUGACGAAGUUGUAGAUGAAGUUUACAAUUUUAGCGAGAUUGAAAACCGCCUCCUCGCUGCAGCCGCGCGAUCCAUGCCUCGGACAUCGCUCGCGUCGAAGUCGCAGCUGUUUAGCGGGCAGGUUGACAUUCGACAGCUAGGCACGAAGCAUUUCGGCAUAGAAUUUUACGAAUGUCCUUUAAACUCGGGUCCUGUUGACUACCAGCUUGAGCAUCCACUGACAGAUGCCCUUGCUAGCUAUUUGUCUGUGGGAAAGACCAUCACUACAAAGAUGACAUGGAGUUUUACAGAUAAUAUCGAUGACGCCAUGCACUAUUCCAACGGGAUAGUUCUUGUGUUGAACCCUCUGUCCGAUGCGUGGCUAUGGGAUGAUAUGGCGUUCGUCACGCCCCUGUCGGAUGAUCCGGACAAGAUAGAGUAUAUCGCUUCUCCGGGCACCCGAUUUGAGAUUCAGUCUCUCCAUGACACCAACGUCUCGGGCAAAGCUGUUACUGUUAUUGGCCUGAGACCCGUUCCAGGACGAAGUAGGCGGCUAAGGGUUCAAGGGUGAAUAGAGGGAAUUCAUAUACGCUGAUUAGCUGGAGAAGAUAUUAUAACCCCGGCUGAAAGGGACUUUUAUUCUCAUGGAUAUGCUCAGAUGCCGCGCAGUCUCUAUUAAAGAGCGGGACUGAGAUGUCACUGUACGGACAUUAGCGAGCAACUGAGAAUGUAUGACGACGACGAAGAUUGAUGGAAAAAGUGAAUUACUUUUAAACGUUAUAAAAGGCAUGUGGUAUAUAUGGGCUUGACCCCUCGGAAGAUUUCU